UACUUUGUUACUUAUUACUAAAAAAAUGAAGCUGAUAUUAAUUGCUUUAAUUACUUUAGCUGCAGUUGCUGCAAGUGCAACUGAGAAUAAAAAUAUUGUGUGCUAUGUUGGAACAUGGGCCACUUAUAGAACAGGAAAGGGAAAAUUUGACGUCGAACAUAUUGAUCCAAAUCUGUGCACGCAUUUAAUGUAUUCUUUCUUUGGAAUAAAUGACAAAGGUGAAUUUAGAGUUAUUGAUGCAUAUUUAGAUCUUGAAGAGAACUGGGGAAAAGGUAACAUCAAAAAAUUUAAUGCUCUGAAACAAGUAAAUCCAAAACUCAAAACAUUGGCUGCUGUUGGUGGAUGGAACGAAGGUUCAAUUAAAUUUUCUGAAGCUGCUAAAGAUCCAAUCAAAAGACGUACAUUUAUUGAAACUUCAAUAGAAUUUGCCUUAAAACACAACUUUGACGGCAUAGAUAUGGACUGGGAGUAUCCAGCACAAAGAGGAGGCGAUGUUGAAGUAGACAAAGCUAAUUUCGUUAUUUGGAUGAAGGAAUUCAAGGAAGAAUUAGAAAAACAUGGUUUGAUUUUAACAACAGCAGUUGCAGCUGCAGAAUUUUCAGCUAGUCAAUCUUAUGACAUUCCCAACAUUUCAAAGUAUUUUGAUUUGAUUAACAUUAUGGCUUACGAUUUACAUGGAACAUGGGAUGAAACUACUGGUAUCAAUGCACCUCUAUAUCCUGGUCCAAAUGAUGUUACCGUAACGCAACAACAACUUAAUGUACACAGUUGCGUUCAGUAUUGGUUAAAACAAGGAGCUCCAGCUCAUAAAAUUGUGUUAGGUGUUCCAUUGUAUGGCCGAACAUUUGCUUUGGCCAACGCUGCCGAAAAUAAGCCUGGCUCACGUUUUUAUGGUCCAGGACAGGCUGGUCCCUAUACUAGACAAGCUGGAUUUCUAGGAUACAAUGAAAUUUGUGAUAACUUCAAAACACAAUCAUGGACGCAAGUAUGGGAAUCCACGCAACAAGUACCAUAUGCUUUUAAUGGCAACCAAUGGGUUGGCUAUGAUGAUGUGAAAAGCAUUGAAUUAAAAACGCGUUACGCUAAUAAAUAUAAAUUGGGAGGCAUAAUGGUUUGGUCAUUAGAAACUGAUGAUUUCAAUGGUGUUUGUGGUGAAAAAUACCCAUUAAUGAAAGCAAUCAACAGAGUUUUGGGAGAUGGUAGUAUUCCACCUAAUCCGCCAACAACUCAAGCUCCGAUUACAGACCCAACAACAGCUGCACCCAACCCGACACCACCGCCUGGACCUGAAUUUAAAUGUACUGAAAAUGGAACUUUCCGCGAUCCAUACGAUUGCGCCGUAUUUUAUAUUUGUAAUAACAAUUUAAAGCACAGUUUUAGAUGUGCUGAUGAUUUAUGGUUUGAUAUUAAAACUUCAACAUGCAAUUUCAAGAACCUAGUUGAUUGCAAACCGCUUCCCAUUCCACCAAAUUAUUAAGAUAAUUCAUAA